CUCCCUCCCAUCCUCUGCUGCUGCUGCUGCUGGUGCUGGCGGUGGCUGGCGUUUGUAUGCGCUGUGCCGUGUGUGAGCUGCAGCCCUGGGCAUCUCUGGGGAUCCCUGCAGAGCUACUGUUCCUCUUCUCCCUGUGACGGCUGGGGCUCGCCCGCUCGCGGAAAAGACCCUCUCUCUCGUCGGCCGAGAUAUUUGAAAAGCCUGUGUAGGAAUCUACACAAGCACAUGGAGACUGAUUUGGGCUUUACCACUGUCCUUGAGGACUUGUUUUUUGGUGGAAAUCCACCAUUGUGAGGCCCUACGAAGGUGACCGCCAGUCGUCCCAUCCGUACACGGUUCUCCUUUUCUGGAGUUUGAGGAGAAGAAGAAAAAUAAACCAGCAAGGGGAAAGAUCUUAAUGAGCGCCAGAAAAUCCAGAGAGAAAACACAUUGAGACAGAAGGAGCAAAAUGUGGACACUAAACAUGACACGUGUCUCUAUCCUAUUUCUCCUCCUGGUUGGAUGGGGUCAAGCAGCAGAAGACGACGUCACUCCUCGCCUCAGUUUCUCUUACAAUGCAAACGAGAGGUCGGCCAAGAGAUUUUCACCCAAUGGAGUCUUCAAUUACACCUCUCUGCUCCUCAGUAAAGAGGAUAACAUGCUGUACGUUGGCGCUCGAGAGACUCUCUUCGCACUCAAUAUCAGCGAUAUCAGCAGAACACAGCUGCAGCGUAAUGUAACGUGGAACACACCGCAGAGGAAGAGAGAGGAGUGCAGUUUCAAAGGGAAAGAUUUACAGACUGACUGCUUCAAUUACAUCAAGAUUUUAUUGCGUGUGAACAGCACUCAUCUGUACGUGUGUGGAACGUAUGCUUUCAGCCCUAUCUGCGCAUACAUCAACACGUCUGAUUUUUCCCUGGUGCGCAAUGAAGUGGGAGAAAUAGUCACCGAAGAUGGUCGUAGCCGGUGCCCUUUCAACCCUGAAUACAAGUCCACGGCCAUCAUGGCUGAUGGAGAACUGUAUGCUGGCACGGUCAGUAACUUCCAAGGGAAUGAACCCAUCAUUUACAAAAGCCUCGGCCAGGGCACAGCCUUAAAGACGGAAAACUCACUGAACUGGCUUCAAGACCCUGCUUUUGUGGGUUCAGCCUACAUUCAGGAAAGUUUGCCCAAAGGCAACGCAGUCGGCGAUGAUGAUAAGAUUUACUUCUUCUUCAGUGAAGCGGGAAAGGAGUUCGAUUUCUUUGACAACACCAUUGUGUCACGCAUCGCUCGCGUGUGUAAGGGCGAUAAAGGUGGAGAGAGGGUUCUUCAGAAGAAAUGGACGACCUUUCUGAAAGCUCAGCUCCUGUGUUCACUUCCUGACGACGGUUUCCCUUUCAACAUCAUCCAGGAUAUGUUUGUGCUGACCCCCAGCAAAGAGGCCUGGAAGAGUACUGUGUUUUAUGGAGUCUUCACCUCGCAAUGGUACAAAGGUGCGUCAGGCAGCUCAGCUGUAUGUGCAUUCACCAUGGACCAGGUCGAAGAGGCGUUUAAUGGACGUUACCGGGAAGUUAAUCGCGAGACGCAGCAGUGGUACACCUACAACCAUCCAGUACCAGAACCCAGACCUGGAGCGUGCAUCACCAACACGGCCCGUGCCCAAGGGAUCUCCUCCUCCCUGCACAUGCCUGAUAAAGUGCUAAACUUUGUGAAGGACCACUUUCUCAUGGAUAGCGUGAUCCGCAGCCAGCCUCUGCUGCUCAAACGAAACGUGCGCUACACGCAGCUCGCUGUGCACAGAGUACAGGCUCUCCACAAGGCAUACGACGUGCUCUUCAUCGGCACAGAUGACGGCAGGAUCCACAAAGCCAUCAAUGUUAAGAACAAGAUGUAUAUCAUCGAAGAGCUGAUGGUUUUCCCCGAGCCUCAGUCUGUACAACACAUUGAACUGGAUGAUGAGAAGGGGCUGUUGUUUGUGUCCAGCUAUUCUGGGCUGGUUGAAAUCCCUCUUGCCAACUGCUCAAACUACCAGAGCUGUGGAGAGUGUGUGCUGUCUAGAGAUCCUUACUGUGCCUGGACAGGGAAGCAGUGUUCAAAUAUCAAACAUGUGCCAGCUAAGAGUCAAUGGCAACAAGAUAUAGAUGACGCCAACACUGCAGUGUGCAAAUUGACCACAGCUAGCCCUCGUUCUGCAAAACUGACUCCACCACGUGUUCCACCAUGCCAUGUGGUACAAAUACCAGCCAACACAUUUACGGUUCUUCCCUGCAAGCUGCGAUCCAACUUGGCUGAGAGGCGAUGGGAGUACAGUCAUACCGCCGAGCGAUUCGUCUACCCUAGUCCUGAUGGCGGGCUGGUGGUUGUAGCCCAAGUGGACAGGGAGGAGAUCUACCAAUGUUGGUCAGAAGAAGGCGGUUACCGACAAGUUCUGGCUAAUUAUUGUGUCAAAGCAGAGCAUGAAAGCACCACCCUGACUGGACGUUCCAGAACGCAGAUGGUACCCCAAGGGGAAGCGAUUAUCCUGCCCGGGGAAACGUGGUCGCCGCAAAAAACCAAGACGUACUGGAAUGAGCUGAUUGUUGUGUGUGCCUUACUCGUGUUUUCCCUGGUGGUCCUGUCACUGUUUGUUGCAUACAGGAACCGAGACAGGAUGAAAUCCAUGCUGAAGGAAAGCGAGUGCCCCAACAUGCAACAGAAGAAACCGCGAAUUCCAGGGAAGCACACAGAAAGCCUUCCAUUAAAUGGCAACAAUAUCCCGCCCUCCGUGUCUGACCACAAGGGCUACCAGACGCUCAAUGAUAACUACAUCUGCAGCACUCCCACCCACGAAUGCUCCUCGCCCGAAAACAGCAAGAGCUUCUCAGAAUCCGAAAAGAGACCUUUGAACUUAAAGGAGAGCCACGUUGAGAUCUCACCGACUUGCCCGCGGCCUAGAGUGCGACUGGGCUCGGAGAUCAAAGACUCGAUCGUUUAAGUCUGUUAGGGAUGACUGUUAAAAAAAAGUGGCCUCUGAACUGAACAGCACCAAUGGAGGGACAGACUGAAAAUGACUGGAAACGUACCAUCACUGGGUUUUAUUUUGCACUUUGUCUCCUCUCAUUUUGUCUUGGUGAUCUGUACACAUUUCUCAGUCACUGCCAAGUCUGUGAAGCACCCAGAGCCACGCUGAGCGGGACGCAAGAAGUUGCGAGACACGCCGAUCCAGCCGUCCCGCCCGGUCCGUCCAAAAAAAUGUCUGGUGGCAUCUGUGUGAAAGCAAUACGAUGCCCUCAGGGUUCACUAACCUGUCAUGCUCCCAUCUCAUCCCUCGGUCUGCCGCGUAGAGUUGGUCGUCCUGUGAACGAGAAGACGAAAUUCAAACUUUAGUCUACAAUAGAGUCUCUAAACAUAGUGCCUGACGUGAGAUGAUUAGCUGACAUUUCAACACAAUAUAAGAUGUAGUGGUGCAUCAAAGCUUUGAUGAUAUAUGCAAAACCUUUGCGCAGUAUAUCAUCACGACCUCAGCACAUAGCAGGCAUACUAUGCAAAUCACAUAAAGGAGAAGCAACUUGUAGAGAGCUAACAAACAGCACACGGCUGUCCUAGUACAAUAAGUGAUGCCACGACCUCAGUAUUCUACACAGCUUCUCAGAGGUACACACGUUAAAUAAAGUAUGCAAGCGAGAUUGAGGCAUAUAAAGAGCCCACAGUGGGGUUUCAGUGUGUAGAGAACUUCAAAGAAGGCAUGUUAGCAAUACUAUGAGUAUGUCCAAGGCACAAAUUACAUUCUGAAGAUGCAGGAAUCUGAAGAUCUAUGUUCCUUAUACCCUAAAAACCAAAAUCAGUUGCUACCAGUGAUAGACCAUUUAAACUAGUGGUUCUCAAGCUUUUUGACUCCAAUGCCCCUCAUAGUUCACAAGAUCAUUUGAGGAUCCCAUGACUUUACUGGAUAAAGUAAAAUAUUUAUUUAAAAUGUGGAGUUUUCAUUAUUUUACAUGCCUUUUCCAGGUCUAGAAAUCUAGAAAAUAAAAUGAGGCUUUCUCACGUAUCCAAGUUUUUAAAAUUCUGGUUGAAUUGAAAUAGAAAUAACUUGAUUGUUAGUUUAUAUUACUUAUUUUAAGGUUAAUUUGUCUCAUUUUUAGGGAUCCCGUUGAGAACCACUGAUUUACAAGAAUAGUUUACGCAAAAAUGAAAAUUACCUCAUCAUUUACUCACCCUUUAAAUGUUUCCAGAUGUCAAAUGAAAGCCAAUGGUUCCAGUGUUGUUUUUAGGGCUGGGUAAAAAUAUAGAUUUCUCAAUUUUAAUCGAUUCUCAUUUUUACGAAACGACAUAUAUUCUUAAAUCUUAAGUCGAUUAGUCUAGCCUGUUUUCACUUAAUAAACAUUGUAGCGUACCUCCCAUCCAAUAAAUCGCAAUAAACUUUGUGCUCUGUUAAUUUUGAUAUUAAACAAAGUCUCAGAUUUCAAAUUCUGUCCAUUUUAUUACAAUAUUCAAACAAUAAAUGCUGUUUUGGCGCUGUUUAAUGUGGGUUGACAGAUGGCUGUAGCCCCUCAGUUCAAGAGAAGCGGCGAUUACAACACAAAAUAAAUAUGAAUAAACAUCCUAAGGUAUGUUAAAAUAAAGAGUAAAACUUACCGAAAUCCCUAUGCUGUCUCAUGUAAUCGCUCAAUCAGUGUUUCAACCGCGAAAACAGUCAAUAUAACAACUUGUAAACAAUGUGACCUAAUGUCACAUUUACCUCAGAAAAAAUUCGGUGACCAUAAACUCGUUAUUCAGCUAGAGAAACUCUAGAGAGGAGCACUGUGCUAAAUAUAUGCAGCAAAUAACACAUUGAGUAAAAUCUUUACUGUUCUUAAAUGUUUCAUUUAUGUUUAAAUCUGUCAAGUGUUUAUGACAGACACCAUUUAAAUGUUUACAUUUCAAAAAACGAAUUGGAGUAGAAAUAUAAUCAUGUAAUUAUAACUUUAUUAUUAUAAAAACUUCACUGAGUGUAGGGUAAUGUAAGCAUUUGUAUACAAUUAAUUUUAGCCUUCAAUAUUAUAGCAAUGUAGUACCAACUAACUCUCAUGUUUAUUUUACAGCAUUAGUGUUUUUUACUUGAGAAAAUCUCGCAUGUACUGUACCUAUAAUAUAUUCAAAAUAAUCAAUAUCGAAUCACAAGCUUGUGAAUCAUAAUCAAGUCGUGAAAUUUGUGUCAAAACCCAGCCCUAGUUGUUUUGGACACCGCUUGGACAAAAACAGCAGAAACGUUCUUCAAAAUCUAUUCCAAAAUCUGUUCCACAGAAGAAAGGUCAUACAGGUUUAAAACAACAUGAGAGUGAUUAAAUGAUGACAAAGUUUUUCAUUUCAGCUAAACUAUUUCUUAAAAUAGUGCAUAAUACAGUCAACGGAAGUGACCAAACGUCUCUUGAGAUUGUUUACUGAUUCAAAUUGGAUGUUGUGCCAAAAGAUUUUAGUGAACCAAUAUCAGAUCUCUUUGGAUCUGUCAAGAGCUCUGUUACAACUCUUAACUCGAAAGUGUACUUUUUGCAAAUUAAAGACAUUUAUUGCCAUGUUGCAUAUUCGAAUGAUGAAUUUGCAUUCGGACAGAAUGGAAACAUGUGGUUAAGACUUUACAUGCCAAUUUUAUGCUAUGAGAUCUAUACUCCCGAAGAGUGUAAAGUGACCAGCAGAUUUUUUUCCAUGAAAAAGUGCCAUGUUCACUGUAACACCUUAAGUCAAAGCAGGCUAACAGAUGUUUCUGGGUGGGAGCAAUGACAUAUAGGUAUAGGAAACAGUCCCUUUGAAUUAAAAAAGUACUUGGUUGCUGUAAAGCAAUGGGGAUGGAAACCACAAAACAAGACACAAAUGUAAGUUACUAUAGCAUAUUAUUAACAUAAGGAUCCAUGUAAAAAAUGUAUAUUAACAACACACACACACUCACACAAAUAAUAAUUUUUAAGUAAAAAAAAAAAAAAAAAUCUAUUUCCACUAUCAACAUAUUUCCAGGAAAAUUCCCAAAGACAAGCAUUGUAUAUUGCACCACCCAAGUGUGUAAUAUUUCAUCGCCAUUGAUCUUUAAAGAUCACACAGACAUCUGUAUUGUGAAUGUAGUUAUGUAUUGAUUGAAAGUGUUCCAAAAUUAUUCUUUCAAUAGAAACAUUGUGUCUUAUUUAAAUUUGUGCUGAAUGUUUGAAAACAGGACAUUUACUUUUACAUGAUUUGAUGGACAAUGACUUUGAUCACAAAGUUGUAUAAUUGUAUUUUUAAGGGGAGGUAGUGAAUGACUUUUAAUGUGUUCAAUUUUUUAUUUUUUUUUUUACCAGAAUGCAUUACAGUUCUUUCUUUUUCCUGUUGUAUUUGCACAGAAUGUGGCAAUGGUUAAAUGAAAGCGUCUGGGAAUUAAUAUUCUCUUGACGUUGCUGUAGCAAGUACCCAUUGAAUGGUUUUGUUAAUGCCUCCGAACUAGAUUUUGUGAUUUAAAGGGAAUGCGGGAAAGCAAAUGUAAUAUUGUAGCCUUUUUGUGACUCAAACACGUGAACAAAAAGCAAACCUCACAUGCAUGUCUGCUCUGGUGGACUACACAGUAGAAUUACCUAGUACAUGUAAAGUCGCAAACCACUGUAUAUUGAAUGGUCGUCUGUGCAACAGUCCACUGCAAGGGUAUGUCUCCACUGUGCUAAUUAAUAUCUACAGAGGUCCCCUAAUAUAUAUACAUAUAUAUAUUUACACACACAAAACACUUACCGACUAUAUUUAAAGCACAAAAAAAGAGAAAAACAAUGUAAGAUAUAAUUGUUUUACAUAUACUCAGACCUCUGUUUGAAAAUCACAUUCAAAAUAUCAUGCAAAAAAUAAUUCGCUUAUGUUUUUCAAUACAUCAUCUGAUUAUUAUCACUAGCGUGCCGUUUUACAGAGUAGACAAUGUGAAAACUUCACUGUACAUCAGCUGCUACCUUCAAGCGGUAGAUUUAGUCACGUAUAGAUAGUUAUAUAGUCACAUAUUUCAGUGCUGAACUGACUCAGACUUAAGAGUUACUGGACUGUAGAAGUCUCCGACACUCUUAAACGCUCAGAUACAUUCUUUAUAAUGGCGCACCAAGAUGCUCUGACCUAUUGUAAGUUAAUGUCUUGUAAACUUUAAUGUAAAGGUGUAUUUGUACAUUUUGCUGCCAAUGUAAAGAAAAAAAAAACUGUUGUGAAAUGUAUUUUUUGUAUUAUACAUCACUACUGUUUUGUUGUUUUUAUUAUAUUGUACAUAAAAGCACUUUAAUUUUAAUUUUUUAAAUAAAAGAAAUAAAACCA